AUGAUGGAAGCCGAGUUGGCGAAAGAGCUACGCGAAGCUACCGACCAACUCCUCGACAUCGCGCCCGCCUCAUCCUCUACCUUAGCCUCGCCUCAUCUCCGACAGAAUCAGCAGAGAACGUCGGUCGUAUCGGUGUCCACCAUAAAGGCUCGUCAGCCAACAUUCUCUCCUAGCUCGAAGCUCGAAGUACUGCACUCACCUACGGAUAUCAGACCAUGGCAGUGGCCCGUGCCGCCAAGCACAGCGUCCAGCAGCAAGGCGCAGGACACAGACAGCCCAUCAAUCGCACCAGUGAGGCUUCAAUCUCAACAGCCUAUCCGAAUCGAGCUGAACCGAAGCUUGACCGACGAUGCGGACGACAACCUUCCCGCGCGUGGUCUCAGCAGUCGCACGCGAUCUGUUAGGGCCGGCACGGGAGAAGAGUACGACGAGGCGUAUACAUUGCCCACCGUCCCACUAGACGAGACCGAUGACCAAGAGUUCAGAAUUGCAUCUCAAAGCAAGCCCAGGGUACGCACGCCAGUUCAUGACAUCUACAUCAAUCAAUACGGCGAACGAGUCGUGCAGGGCAAGGUGGUUGGUCGAAUCCUCGGUGGCAGACCGAAGCCAGGAUCAGGCAGUGGCGAUAUCUUACGUCCAACAAGCGACACCGCGUCGCACAUGGGAGCCUCCUCCAGCUCGCCCGUGAAAGAAGAACGGUCUCCUCAAGAGCGUCGGGAAAAGUUUGAUGCCGCUCUCCCUACUGCGACGAGUCCGCCAGCAUUCUUUCUGGAAUCUUUCCCAAACGCAUUUGGGCCACCGCCAAGCAGCUCACCAGCCACUUCCACGCCGCCAAGACCACCAUCGAGCACAUUGCCAGCCAAAUCUCCGCCUUCAAGACAGAAGGAGCCGCCAGCUAUAUCUCCGCCGUCAAGGAAAAAAGAGAGAAGACCCUCCUCCUACGCUCGUCCACCCAGCAUCCUCAAGGCUCCCCGCGCGGUAGCAGGUGCUCUCACGCUGGCUAAUUCGGACAACGUCGACGACGACGUUCCUGUGCUCCCGGACGCAAGCUUCCAUACCGCGUCCGACGUAGGAACAGCAUCUGACGUAGGAUCACCGUCCUCGGUAUCAUCGAUGCAGCUUUCGUUCUCGCCAAAGCGCAACAAGCCCAUGGCGCUGUCAAGCUCGCCUAGUCGAAUGUCGCACGUUGGAAUCGGUCUAGGUCUGGGACGACUCCAGCUUCACAGUCCGGGCUUGUUCAAGAGCCCACAGAAGGAGAAGAAGGAAGCGGAGCUGCUGUCGCCGAGCAACAACAGAACGGUCUCGUCGGACUCGGUGCGGUCCAAGAUCGAGCUGCCUUCCUUGCGGCGGCCUACACCGACGAUCGAGUUGAGUCAGGCAAAAGCAGAGACGGUGGUCUUGCAUGGGAACAGGCGGCAGGCACGCGCGUCAGGCGUCGUUCAAGCACAAGACGAUGCGAGUAUCGAUGGAGUCCCGGUGUAUGAGUCGCCGGGGGUCUCGCCAGCAACGCCCUCUGUAACGCCUCUCUCGGAUCAGACCAACGAGGAAGAUGUGUUCGGAGGGAAUGCAGUAGCUGCAGAACCACGCCUGCGACUCGAGUCGGCAUCGGAGCCAUCAAGUCCGCUACUGUCUCCACGGCGCGCCCAAUCGGAUCCAGACGACCUCGCGGAAGUCAACUCAGCUCACGAGGAGGCUCAACCUGGCCCCGGCGACGACGACGACAACGCGUCGCUCGAAUCAGCCCCCUCCUCACUCAUCUCACUGCCCGUCUCGACCCUCACCUCAUCCUCUCGCUCGCCGAGCCAUACCAGUCUCGAGCGGCGCCGAAGCUCACCCGGUCACCGCCGUUCGUCCAGCCGCACCUCUGCGCCGGACCUCUUUGCUCGCGAGAUCCGCAUUCGCGGCUGGUCCGAGGUGGGCUCCCAAGCGCGCGGAUGGGUGGUCUUCGAGCUGCGCAUCAUCACUAAGCAGGGAACCCCGAUUGUCGCACACAAACGCUUCUCGUCGUUUGUCAAGCUGCGAAGCGCUCUCAAGGCCGAGUGUAGGGACCAGGCAAAGUGGCUACCGGAACUGCCGACGAGGAGGACGGGACUGCUGAGUAAAUAUGAUGCGAGGUAUCUGGAGAAGAGGAGGCGGGCGCUGCAGAGGUGGUUGGAGGUGGUUGCGCUGGAUCGGGUGUGGGGUGCAAGCGAGGCGUUGCGGGAGUGGGUGCUGGCGAGUGACUAG